AUGGCUCGGGCGAAGGCCACGACGAAAGCAGCUAAGCAGAAGCCUGGUGUCAACCCCCGCUCCCGCGCCGCAAAACGAGCCUCCUCCCCCUCCGUCAACCUAGACAAAUCUCUCAGAGAUGCACCCCGAGCAUCCGACGCUACACCAGUCCUGGCAGCUCAACAUGGCGGAGGUGUCCAUAAGGCCUCGAAGAAGAAAGCUAAGCCUAUGAAGCGCAGCCAACGAGCAAGACAGGAGCGUACGCUCGCUCGUGCCGAAACUGAAUCAUUCCAGGCGAGACAAAAGAAAGUCAGGGGCCGGAGGGCCAUCUGGGAGGAGAUCAACGACGGCGCGGAAGAGGAGAAGCGGAAGACGCCACGCUUCCAGGUGUUGGGUGAGGACGGGCAUGACCAGGUGAUUGAGAAUGGAAACGACGAGGAAUGGGAAGACGAGAACGGUGAUGCGGAGAUGAAGAUUGUCGACGGUGUAGUGCUGCCGGCAAAUGCAGCGCUGAGCAAAAUCGUGGUUGUUGACCGGACGGCCUCGAAUGCUGGAUCGGAUCUGGAGGAUAUCACCUGA